AUGAACGGCAAGGUCGGCGUCGUCGUCUCCGCGAGCGCUUCGACGCGCCGCUUCGGCGUGCGCGUGGCGGGCGAGGCCAAGGCACUCGCACUGAGGCGCGCCAUGCCAGCGGCCGAGGCGGUGGAGGUGGGCAGGCUGGUCCUCAAGGCGGCGGAGUGGUCGCCGCAGUCGCACGAGCUCUUCCCGGAGGCGGCUCGCAAGCGGGCGGUCGAGGUGAUGCGGCUGGGCUACCUGAUCGCGUGGGACGAGGAGCGCUUCGACAGCCGCGAGGGAGCGGCUCCGGAGCUGGCUGACAUCUGGCGCAGUUUUGUGCUGCCAAAGGUGGUGGCGCGAUGA